AUGUCAAAUUAUGACUUUAAUGUGCUAUCUUCGUCGUUAGGAUCAUCAAAGAUUAAAGAAAGAAAUGAAGCGUUACAAAGCCUUGAAGAUUAUUUGUCUCUGAGUGGAAAGAUUUCUAGUAAGCCAUACAGGAGAUUAAUGAAUGCAGUUCUUGACUUCGUAGCACUUGAGCUGAAGACUUAUCGUCAAAAUCAUACUAAUCAAGUCUUUACAAGACUUACUAGAGCUUCUGGGCUACUUAGAGUUUUAAUCGAGAAGCAUUAUGAAGAUAGAACAAUACUGAAAUUCAAAACUAAGCUAGAAUUAGUCAAGUUUAUAAUCGACAAUUUUAAAUGGGACAAGAAAGAGUUACAUCCAUGUUCGAAUGAUUUUUCCAAGUGUCUUUAUGUUAUGCUAAGCCAAACUGAUUUUCAGAAUCAUAUGAAUCGUAACGACUGGUUAAUGGUAUAUAACUUUCUUGUUGAUACAAUCGGAAACUUGUUGGAUUUAAAAAAUGCAUGCCAGAACUUGACUGAUGUAAUUAUAGAAGAAUUUUUCGUUUGCUUACAAAACUUAUUAUAUUGCAAGCUGAACGUGUCACUUAGUUGCAUGCCAUUUCUUAUAGAUCGGAACUAUCUGGUCUUGCUUGGUUUACUUCAACAGACCGUCAAAUAUUGUAAGCGAGAGAAUCUUUUAACAAUAGUAGUGUUUAGAAUGAUAAACAAAUUAAUUGUUGUGAUUUCUACUGAAGAUACUGCUUUUGUAACUAAGCUUACUAAAGUUGGAAUUGAAUUAGUGAUACAAUUUUACCAAAGUCAACUGGAAUCAAUGCAAACUCAAAUCUUAGAUUUUCUUAAUUUGUCCACUACCAUCAAGUUUUCUAGUAUAGUAUAUCUAGAAUCAAAGAGCCGACACUUAUAUGGUGAUACAAAUAGCCUCGAUAGUCACAAUAGUAUAAAGGGUUCAUCUCAAGCUUACGAACUUGGAGCACUUCUUUACAGUUUCCAAGUGUUGAUCAAUUGCUUGAUGACUAGGCUUUUAUCCCCCUUAGUUAAAUUCAAGGUGGAAGACAUAGGCUUGAUUCGUUCCAAAGAAACCAACAUGACUUGGUUUCGUUUAAGGGCUCUCUAUCUAAGAUCUGAUAAUAUUCAUCUGUGGCUAUAUUUCUUGGGAUUACUGAAAUUGAUUCUGACUUACUUUAAUAUUAGAGAAUGUGUUGAAUUCUUUCAUGAAGGCAUAUCAGAGCAACCAAAUAAGCGAGCCAAAUUGGAUGGCUUUGACAACUACUUGAAAGAAUCACAAAAUACAUUUGAAUUUUGCAUACGCUUGAUGGAAUUCAAAUCGUCUGAAGUAUAUCAAAGAGCAGGCCUACAGUUAUUGAUAUUCUAUGUCGAGGCGGAGUUAGAUAGUUGCAUUAAUAAUGGAGACGAAAGAAAUAAACAAAUCGUUGAUCAUCUGCCAGAUCUGGUUAACUCAUGCGCUAAAGAAUUUAGGUCAUUCAAUUAUAAAUGGAUUUCUCUGAAGUACGAAAGCAUAUUUGACCACAUCUUAAAUUUAAAUGAGAAUAAGAGUUUGGCUCCAUGGGUUUUGCUUUUGUCCAGAUCAUUAAUGUUAGACAGUUCAAAUGUGGCGACUCAAGAUUCAUCAUUAUAUUUUAGUACCAAAUUCAAUCAGUUACUCAAUGUAUCACUACAAGGUGUGAAGGACUCUGAACUCUUCCGAAUUUCUUGUGACUUGGUGAACUUGAUUUUAAUGCAAUAUAAAACUAAAAAUAAGGGCUAUCUUGAUAAUAAUAUUCGGAUGCAGCUCGAAAACUUGAUUGAAUUUUCUGAGAUAAAUGGGCCCUACAGUAUUUGUGAAGAAAGCUUUCUGUUUUGGUAUGCAGUCUACGAUAUUGUAGAAAGUAACCGAUUUCGAAGUAAAUCUGUUUUUGUUUAUAAAGUUCAGGAGUGGAUGAUUUCGAAAUGGGACGAAUCUUUCCAGUCUUUCGAUUUCUGCCUUUUAGAGUCAAAUAGUGGCUUUCCGUCUUUUUUUUCGUGGUUGUUUGGCGCUCAUAGAAGUGAUAUUCGAGAAAGUAGUUUCAAUACAAGCUUUUUGAAAUUUCAUGGCAGUGAUUGCAAUGAAUAUUGCUAUCUUCAAAAGAGAUAUUUGAAAUUACAGAUGUUUACUAGUUUAAGGAGAUUACCACACGAGCCUGGUUCCGAAAUGUCACAAGAAAAAGUAGAUCUAUCUUCAAGUGAUCCUAUUGAUCGUUUGCUGCUGAAGCUUUUAGGCAAUCUGUCUCUCUAUUCUAAUAGCAAAUAUUCUUCAAGUGUACGUCUAGAGUGGACGAUCCUUGUUCUAGGAUUAAUAAGCUUGCUCCGAAGGAAACGUUCCUUCAAUAAUAUAAUUAACUCUUUGGAAUAUCAAUGUCAGAACACAUUGCGAGAUUAUGGGAACGUUUAUAUUCCGAACGAAGUUGUGCUUGAUUUGCUUAAGGUUUUCUAUGGAUUUGCAUCUUUCGCCUUAGAUGAUAAAGCAAUUCAAAUUCUUGUUGCUAAUUUUCCAUUAAAAAAAUAUGUGGAAAUGUUGCCAUCUCUAUUGAAUGCAACAGAAAAUAUAUUCGAAGAUGAUAGUCUUACAGUUGAAGAGGAAACUGGUGCUUCGUUAGAUAAAGAAUUCGAAGUUAUUCAGCACUCUAAAAAAUCAGAAAUAGGGUCCACUUCAAUGUUGUUAACAGCUGCAAAAUUGAAUUAUGUGUCGGUUCCUUCAAUAGACCUUUUAAAAUUUUUGAUUGAAACGGAGAAUUUGAAAAAGAGUAAUGUAUCUGACCUUUUUUCUUCUCUUUUAAUGUUUCUUGAAGAACUCAAAUCGGUGGAUGCUAUAUACUGUUAUUAUCACUUGCACAGGUACUUUGUAGAAAUGAAAAUAAAUUUGUCCGAGGUCCCUGCUGCAUUGUUAAUAAAGUUCAUCCGAAUUCUAGGCGAAGGACCUUUGAUAGAUGAAAUUCUUGAUCGCGCAGAAUUAACGGUAGUCGUAGUCUCAAGAAUUCUAAGUGUAUUACUCCCCGUUUGUUACGAUUUGAAUGAUGACUCUCUCAUAAAAGACAGCUUGGAUGUUUGUGGCUGGUUGGUAGAGUGUGCUACUAAGAAUUUUUUAUUAACGGAGCUUUCGUUUACGGAGUAUUGUAUAUUCUUACUCCGAUAUUUGAGGCUCGAUAAUCAAGCUAAAGUAAAUGGCAGAUCGUUACGGAACCUAUUUUUGGAGGGUUUUGCAACCAUGACAAAUAAUAUGAAAGUGACAUUGGCAGAGGAAAUUGCCGAGGUCUUUAGAGUGUCUUGCUUAGAAUUUCAGAUUGAGCUUUUCAAAGAUCUUCUAGCAAGGCUUCCAGAACCUAACGAAUCUAGGGAAAAAUGUUCAACGUAUGUUCAGUUUCUAUGCAUUUUAUCAAAAAGCUCUUCUUACAUAUUCGUGGCUGUCUUGUUAAACAUAAUUGAAUGGUCCAAAUCUUCAAUUUGUUUACCUUACCUCAGGCUUGCGUUGAACGUCCUUUCUCGUUUAGGAAAUUUUUCUAAUGUCUCUGAAUUGUUUGAAAAUUUCCAGCUUCAAAUUCUCAAGCAUUGGUGGUUGUAUAAUGAUUUUGGGUCUUUCCCAUUCUUCUUUUUUGGCUAUAAUGAGCUAAGCAAAUUUUUGCUAGAUAAUUCUACGUUUCUUGCAGCCAUUACAAUAUCUUCGGAUAAAGCUGUUGACAAAGUUUCAGUACUAAAUGAGUUGGCAAAUGCGAAAGAUACUGACGUUGAAAGUUUGGUUUAUGGAUCCUUACCUCUUACUAUUGCUUUAUCAUACACAAAGAAGGGCGUUAGAAACGGAGUAUUUGUGUGGCUAGCUGAGUUUUUCAAAAGUGAUUACAAGGCCAAUUUGACUCGUAAGUUGACGCUUGUAAUGAUGGAAGUUAUCAAGUAUAUUAAUGUGUCGGACGAAAAAACCUUGCAAUCACAAUUUACCAAUACUCUUUGCCUGGACCUUGUAUCCCAUAAUAAAAGUUCCUUACUUCCUACUUUUUCAGAAUCAUCCAUUUCACCUGAAUCGGGUUUAUCGUUGUUGAAUAGUUUAAUAAAGAAGUUCAGACAUAAUCAACCUGGCUGGAGUGAAAGGGAAGUAUACUUCUUGCUUAGAAAAAUAAUUAGUCCUAUGAAACGUCGCUCAGAACCUCACGAAAUGAUCUUGAUUUUAAGAAGAGUUAAACUUAUUCUUAUAUUAGGAACACGGAAAACUCUUUCUUAUGAUGUAUCUAGGCUUUUGUUGAACUCGCUUUGCGUAUUUUUAAAAGAAGUAUCGUUACAAUCAGACAUUCUCCAGAUCUUCACUUUCCUCGAUAUACAAAACUUAGGAAAGUUUGGGGAGCUCGAAUCGCUUCCUUUAUUUAUUAAAUUGUUGUCUUCUGUGAUGGAGGUGGGCUUACGCUUUGACGAAAAUUUUAAAAUUUUUAGUAGCUUCUCAGGUUAUUUACAGCAGUACCAUGUGGGAAGUAAAGUACAUCCAAUUUUGCUAGCUGGAUGCUGCAUACUCAAAGAGGAAAGGCCUAUAAUUAGAUCUUCUAUGGUGGAAAAUCUUUUAGAUGAUUCACAACAAAUCAAAAUGUGUGAGGUGAAUGGUGACUUAAGCGAUGUCUUGGUUCUAAUUUCACAGGUGUUUGAAAAAAUUGAUAUAUAUGAUGAAGAUGGAUCCCGUGAUACUGUCGUCGAAAUAUUAUUGAAUGCAAAGAUUAAUCUGGACAAUGAUGGAAAAGUAUCUUUUAAAUUGUGGAGUGCAAAUUAUUUGUCCCUGUAUUAUUUGAAUGGUGGCUUAAAAUUGGGCCUUAAUCAUGUAUACCACUUGAGGGAAUUUUGGAAUCCAUGGGUUAAUUCUCUUGAAACAUUGUGUGGUCGCUUGGAUAUGUUGUUGGAUUACAUGGUGGAGUUUUUGGCUUCCAGCAGCCCAGAAAUCGUAUCUUCAGUAGAGAAUAUAUUAGGUGUACUAAUUUGGAAGUAUGAGCAAUCGACAGAAGAAGUUCUUGCAGUGAUAAAUUUUGAGGAGUAUUACAGAAAGUACUCGAAAUUCAUCUUACCAAUGGACUUCGAAGCUUAUACAUCUCUUAAUUUGAAUAAGCGUGGUUCUGUCGUUUCAAAAAAAAUGUCUGAUUUUCUAGUUGCUCCGGUCAAUUUCUUAGAUUCCUCUUCAUAUUACAGUUGGAUAAGUGAAUUCUUCCUUGCAAUUAAUCAGGAAAUUGCGUCGUUCACUAGCAUAUCCGUUCUAUUUUCAGAUUUUGCUAUCAAAGAACCAUCUUUUGCUAAAAAUUCACUCCCGUUUUUGAUCUGUUAUUACAUACAAUUGACUCAGCCUACUAGGCUAAACUUGAUUUCUGAGUUGCUUAAACACUUUUUCAAGUUUUACUCUCAAAGUGAGGAAUUUUCUGAUCUACUCAUCAAUAUUAUACUAGCCAUCAGAGUUGGUGCCAGAAAAAAAAUUAAGAAAUAUGCUCUCAUUUAUCAAAACGUAUUGGUAGAAGAUCUUAUACUAAUAGCUUCGUCAGUGCGGCUAUUUAAAACUGCUAUCUUAUUUUUGGAAGACAUGCAGCAUGGCAGAGACAACAUUGAGUGUUCUAUCGACCUUAAUCGAUUUUCUUAUAUUUUUGAAUCCAUUGACGAUGAAGAUUAUGUGUAUGGUCUUCCAGAAAAAACGACAAUAGAUUAUGCCAUAAGCGUUAUUGAAAGAGAAGGACAUACCUCAGAUGUUCUUAAGCUUACCAGUGGUAUGCUUGAUGCUAACACCACUCUUAAUUUCAAUUAUGACCGAUCGAAUGUACUUCCAUCUUUGAUGAACUCCGGUAUGAUGACCAUUUCAAGAAUAGUUAGUGACUUAGACUCCUCGACUGAGGUUGCUUCAUAUGAAUGGGCAUGGAAACUUGGAUGUUGGGAUCUACCUAUUCCAGAGAAAGCUGGCCAAUACCAUGAAACAGUUUAUAAGACACUAAGGCAGAUUCAUGAUUACCCUAUUGCUAGCCCCUCGACGUGUCUGAAUGCAUUAUUGGAUGUUUUUUUAAAUAAGGAAGUACAUGUUUGCAAAAAAAGCACAAAAGAAAUGGAUAGAAGCUUGAUACAGUGGUUUAAGACCAUGGCAACCAUCACCAGUAUUGAAGAUGCCUUAAAAAACACAUCAAGUAAUUUUAGUUUUGGUCUUGGUGAAUAUUCGGCGAAAACAGCAUGGUUCGAUAGAGCUGAUUCGAAGACAAGAGAGGAUAUUCUUCUUGCAAGGAACUCUACAUUUCAGCUUUUAGGAAAUUUAUGGUUAAAUGAAGAAUCUUUUCGAGAGAGUGACAAAGCAUGGAUGUGCUCCUUACACGAGCUAAUACGUUAUAACAACUAUGCCCGAUUAUCAAAACAGCCCCAGAAAAUGAUCAACUCUACUAUUUUAAUGAACGAAAUUGCAAAAUCUAAAUUUCAUCAUGCCGGAGUAGCUUUUGAAAAAAGCGUUGAUUAUAUGACAAACUAUCAAGCUGCGUGUACGCUUUGGGAAUUGGGUCAAACUGGCAUACCGACUGCUAUGCUAAAAAAGUUAUCGUCUAGUAAUGUUCAUUCGCCUUUGAUUGACGAAUUAUAUUUAUCAAAAGGAUUAAUCAAUGCCACACUUGCUGGUUGGAUGGCUGACUCAAGGCAAGAGUUGGCUUCAGACAUCAUGGAUCAGUAUGUUCUUCCAUCGGCCCGCGAGAUUUCAGAAGUCAAAGAUUGUUUUCAAAGGGCAAAAGUCUAUCAAUUGUUUGCCCGUUUUUGUGAGAGUCAGCACAAAUCAAGAGUUCUCACAGAUGAGCAAGCUAAAAUUGAGAAACGAAUAGCUUCCAAAACAAAAGAGAUAGCUGAAUUUAAGGAUCAUUAUGGGAAGACCUCAGUCGAUCAAAAAGAGAAGAAGACGGCCCAAAAGUAUUAUGGAAAGUUAAAGGCACUGCUUGUAGCUGAACUGAAAAAUCUAGAAACACUACUUGAAAGUAGAAAUGAAUUUUCGAAAAAGUGUAUCGAAUACUAUUUGAAAUGUAUUUCAAUUGACGAAAAUAAUGAUGAAGAUACUGAUAAAUUUAUUGCAUUAUGGUUGGAGCAAUCUAGUCGAGAUGACAUCAAUAUGACAAUCAAGGAGGAUAUUUUCAGUUUGCCUACCUACAAAUUGAUUGAUUGGUGUACUCAACUCACUUCACGUCUCUCAAAUGAUAAGUCUGAGUUUCAGCUUUUACUUCAAGAAUUACUUUUGAAUCUUUGUUUGGAUCAUCCUUUUCAUUCUUUAUAUAGCGUUAUCUCUUUGAGAAACUAUGGAAUGCAAGAGGGAGGGAGCUCAAAAUAUGCAGCCGCAGAUUCCUUACUAGAUAAACUAAGUAAUAAGGGUAACAGGUCUGUUGAUGCUGCUUUGGGCCAAAUCAUAAGGCUCUGUCAUGAGUCUAUCAAAUUAGCAGAGCUUAAGGUAUCCAGGGGAAGACCGAUUUCUUUGGAUAAAUAUGAGUUUGGUGGAUACUGGUUGAAUGAACUUCCAUCGAUACCGCCUCCUACUAUGAACAUACCUAUUGAUAAAAGUAAAGCAUACAAUAAUGUACCUUAUUUUUUGACAAUGGAAAAUAGAAUUUUGAUAGCCUCUUCAGGAUUAAGUUUGCCUAAAAUAGCAACGUUUGUGCUAUCUAAUGGGACAGAGCACAGAGUUUUAUUUAAACACGGUACAGAUGAUUUGAGACAGGAUUCAAUUAUGGAACAAGUAUUUGAAAAAGUUAACAAGAUUUUCAUUAAAGACAGACAAACUAGACGCAGAAAAUUAAGAAUCAGAACUUACAAGGCUGUUCCUUUAAGCCCGCUGGCAGGCAUAAUAGAAUAUGUUCCGAAUUCUAUGGCACUUCUAGAUGUAAUCAAGCCGUACCAUUUGCAAAGAGACGGCAUGAAGUUAGAGAGGGCUAGAGAGAUCAUGAAGGAGCAUCAAUCUAAAGAUAAGACUGACAGGCUCACAGCAUACUACAAAAUCACAUCUAAAAUUGGGCCUGUAUUGCGAUGCUUUUUUUUCGACAAUUUCAUCACCCCUGAUAUUUGGUUUGAAAGCAAGUUGACUUACACUCGUGGAAUUGCAGCAACUUCACUUGUUGGUCACAUUUUGGGUCUAGGUGAUCGACAUUGUAACAAUAUACUUUUAGACAAGAAAUCUGGAGAACCAAUCCAUAUUGACUUAGGGGUUGCUUUUGACCAAGGAAAGAAGUUGCCUAUCCCAGAAUCAGUUCCCUUCAGACUUACAAGAGAUAUUGUUGAUGGCUUUGGUAUUACCGGUGUAAAUGGUGUUUUCAUCCGUUCAUGUGAGCACACAUUUCGAGUAUUGCGCGGUAAUAAGGAUCACAUAUUAGCUAUAUUAGAUGUUCUUCGUUGGGAUCCCUUAUAUUCAUGGACUUUGUCCCCUAUUAGACAAGAAAAAUUACAGCAUGAUGCCGCAGAGGUUCCAAUCACUAAAAUUGAAGAAGAUGGUUCCGAAGCCGGUAGAGCAUUAUCUACGGUCUCUGAUAAGCUAAUCGCCGGUGGACUAAGUAUUGAAGCUACGGUGAGGGAAUUAGUACAAGAAGCUUCUAGUCCUCAGAAUCUCGCAUUGAUAUAUUUUGGAUGGUGUCCAUUCUAUUAA